AUGACCUCCAGAAGCCACAACUCCUUACCGAGAACUCUGAUGGCUCCACGAAUGCUUUCCGAAAGUGCCCUUGGGGGCAUCGCCCAAAUCACCCCCUCGCUGUACCUGAGCCGGGGCAGCGUCGCCUCCAACCGGCACCUGCUCCUGUCCCGAGGAAUCACCUGCAUAAUCAAUGCGACCAUCGAGAUUCCCAAUUUUAACUGGCCCCAGUUUGAAUACGUGAAAGUGCCUUUGGCUGACAUGCCCAAUGCCCCCAUCUCCCUGUACUUCGACAGCGUUGCCGACAAGAUAAACAGCGUGGCGCGGAAGCACGGGGCCACCUUAGUCCAUUGUGCCGCCGGCGUGAGCAGGUCGGCCACCCUCUGCAUCGCCUACCUGAUGAAAUACCACAAGGUGUCCCUCUUUGAGGCAUACAACUGGGUCAAAUCGAGACGCCCCGUUAUACGCCCCAACGUGGGCUUCUGGAGGCAACUGAUAGACUACGAGAGGAAGCUCUUUGGGAAGACGACGGUUAAAAUGGUACAAACACCAUACGGCAUCAUCCCAGACAUUUAUGAGAGAGAGAGGAUGCCUUACUGGGGAAUUUAAUGUGACUGCAGACAGGAAGCACAACAGAAGGGACGCGCUGUUCUGAGUCGACCAGACUGGAGACAUUCCCUUCUCCUUCUACAGCCAACUUUGGUUCUUUACCAUACAGCAGAACCUCAACUAAUUCUCACCUCACUAACCUGCAAGGCCAACGAUUCCCUUCAAAGCAUUUCUCUCUACAGGGAUUCCCCCAUCCGCAUUUCUCUGAUUUAGCAGAAUGAGCUCUCCUUAUAAGUUUAUUCCUUUCAUAAAGCCUCCCUCCCUUUUUUAGUCAGUUUAUUAGUAUCCUAUGAGGAAAGGCCUAAAAGGCAUUUGGCAGAGUUAAUGAACAAAGUGCGCUUUGUGGUGCGGUAG